AUGUCCCAAGGCUGGCCUGUAGGUGACCUGAGAUUUGAAGCAGGAACCUUAAUGAAUUAUGAACAUAUAGUAUUAACAUAUAUGAAUUAUGAACAUAUAGUAUUAACAUAUAUGAAUUGUGAACAUAUAGUAUUAACAUAUAUGAAUUGUGAACAUAUAGUAUUAACAUAUAUGAAUUGUGAACAUAGAGUAUUAACAUCUAUGAAUCAUGAACAUAUAGUAUUAACAUAUAUGAAUUAUGAACAUAUAGUAUUAACAUAUAUGAAUUGUGAACAUAGAGGAUUAACAUCUAUGAAUCAUGAACAUAUAGUAUUAACAUAUAUGAAUUAUGAACAUAUAGUAUUAACAUAUAUGAAUUGUGAACAUAUAGUAUUAACAUAUAUGAAUUGUGAACAUAGAGUAUUAACAUCUAUAAAUCAUGAACAUAUAGUAUUAACAUAUAUGAAUGGUGAACAUAUACAUGUAGCAUUAACUUCUACGAAUCAUGAACAUAUGGUAUUAACAUCUAUGAAUCUUGAGCAUAUAUCUAAAAAUCAUCAACAUGCAUGA